GUUUAUUCAGUUGGUGUUCAACGGGAUGUUUGGUGAAGAUUUCGAAACAAAGGCCAAUAAAAGGGGAUAAAAUUAAUAGUGCCCGUCUUUUACGGUGGAGAAAGGUGCAGGUGUCGUAUCUGUAAAUAAUCGAACGUUCUGUACUCCCUUGGCAACGAGGAUCUACGUCAUCAGAACCUCUCGAAACAUUACGGAAUAGUGUUAAUGCUCCUUCGCGUAACAAUAACAGCGAAGCAACAUGGCUGACGGUAAACCUUCGCCGUACCCGCAACAACAACCUCCGCCAGGCGCCCAGUAUCCUCCUCCAGCCUAUGGCGGCCCUACACAGCCAGCUUAUCCACCGCCAGCUCCUCCUGGCUACCCAGGUUCUGUAGCUCAACCGGGCGGCUAUCCCGGUACAGCAACCACGACCACCAUUAUUCAGCAACCAACGGCUGUUGCAAUAAGUACGAUUGGCUUCGGCGAGUCACCGGUGGCGAUGUCAUGUCCUAACUGCAAAAUGAGUAUUGUAACAGCGACUAGCUAUGUGACGGGAACUUUAACUUGGCUUGCCUGCCUCGGAUUGUGUGUCGUUGGAUGUGAUCUUGGUUGCUGUUUGAUUCCAUUUUGUUGUGAUCCAAUGAAGGAUGUUGUUCAUCUUUGUCCUUCUUGUGGCGCCCAGGUGGGAGUGUUUCGUCGAAUGUGAGAAGGUCACUGAUGGAAAAAAACAGAGGCUACAAUUCCAAUAAAGACUUUCGUAAAUAAGCAAACACUGAAAUAAAAAUUAGCUUCAACCGACUGGGAAUUUUAUGCGAGGAACUUCUAACUAAAACUUAAAGCGAAUUAGAUAUGAGCAAAAAUGAUAGUUGAUAUUAAGGCCAUUUUUUGUAUCUAAAAGUCAAGAUAAUUUCAAUCGUUUGUGCGACAGGCAAAUUGAGUAGACUCACCUUACCGUAAACCACAAAAUAUUCGUUUGCUUAAAACAAGAUCAACUAGUAGAUUUUGAAGCGGCCGCUGGCCAUUAGAAUUGUAGUAAUGCUGUACCAAAAGGACGUGACAGCGAGCACGAGGUCAAUAUGUGGAAGAAAGAAUUGUGAUGUUGCGUUUCUGCGGAAGGCAAUUAAACUCGUUUAACUUCGUCUAAUCAGACCCUCUGCAGUUUCUGUAAAAUAGAAAAGAAUUAAGAUGGGAAAACAAACCAAACACCUUUUUUCUCAAUAUUUUUGUUAUUACCUCAAUUUCUGCUUGCAAAAAUGGCCCUUACAAUUCAAAUCACUCAUCACAUACAAAAAGUUGGUGAAAAGAUCUUUCUCAUUUCCCAGUCAUGUAGUAAAUGUGGUCAUGCUUUUAUUUCUUCUAUAUCUCAUUAUUAAGAGCCUAUAGAUAAAAAGAUAAAAACUCUAAGAAUAAGUUGAUUUGACAUCGAAGAAGCCUGUUAGUUGAGAUUUCAAGUAGGUAAAUUAUAUGGUAAGAUUGUGCAGAAGGCACUUUCGUUGCAAACCGUUUUUAGACCGAGGGAUGGCGAGGUACACUUCAUCCUCUUGUUUAGUGUUAACGUUCAAGAGAAAUCUUUAAAUCAUGUAAGAAUUGAAAUUUUUUCAUCAGUUACACACGAUCAGUUUUAGAAGCGUGUGCUUAUUUUAGAAAACAUGCAUCACGUUAAAUAUGUAAUAAAUGCUCCAAGGAAACCACGUGA